UAUUUUGCAAUAUUUUUUGCAUUUGACAAUGGCAUUUGGAAAACCAGAUCCUCAUUUAGAACAAUUGAGGAAACAAGUGGAUCAUGCACCUAAUUUAGACACGACAAUUUUAAAAAUUCAGAAAUUAAGUUCAUCGUUACAUUCGGCAUUUUUGUUCGAAAAUGAAGGUAUUUUUCUACUUCAGAAAAUUUGUCUGUUCAUGAGUUCAACCCCGUCAGGAAAAUUAUAUAAAGGAUGGGAAGAAUUUGCUGUACAUCUUGGUCUUUCAAGAGAACAAAUACAAUGCAUUGAAUAUAAUUUUAAAGGAAUGCAAGAUCCUACAUAUUAUGUUUUAUUAACAUUCUGUCAGUCACCUGAUGCAACAGUUGAUAAAGUAAUCAUCGCUUGCCAAAAAAUACAUCGAUUAGAUAUAAUUAAUCGAAUUCUUAAUCCUUUGGUUCAAUUUAUAAAUAAUUUAAUCAUCGAUGAUCACAAUACAGGAGUUAUAAGACCAAAAAUCAUUCCAAGAGUUCCUUUGGUACUUAGACCAACUAUUGGUAUCAAUCAUUCAAUUCGUUCCUCCAAUGAUUCAAAACAUAAUAAAUUACAUACGGACAAUAAAUCUAAAACUGAAUUGAGUGAAAAAAAAAACUAUGGAAGUAUUGUUAUGUUAACAUUUACUAAAGAUGGAGAAGAAGUCGCAAAAAAUGUAGCUAAAGUAUUUCGAGAAAACGAUCCAAAAAUUGGAGUCGUUAUUCUUCAAGAACAAGAAAAAUAUGUAUAUUCACGAGCUGAAGAGUUCGUUGAUGAUUGUUUCAAUCAAGUUAAUUACAUUGUUCCAAUACUCACAAGUGGAUAUAUAAAUCAUUUAAAUGAAUUAGUUGCCUACGAUGAAUCUAGUGAGAAUUCUUUAGAUACUAAAUAUGUCAAAUAUAUUUACUCAUUAUUGAGAUAUGAAUAUUUUAAAAACAAUUGCUGUAAUAAUAGAGUAAGAUGCAUUGUACCAAAUGGCAAAAUGCCUAUAAUCUUGAAGUCUAAUCUUCAUCCAUCACUCCAAGCUUGGUUUAAGGAAUCAGAGAUAGAUACUUUUAUGAAAAACAUUAUUUUAAAAAACUUUUAAAUAAUUUUUUCAUUUUUA